AUGGCAGAUUUUAAAGAUUGGUACAAUGAAGAGAUAUAUACUAGUUUAGAAAAGUUAUAUAAAUUAUAUUUAGAAAUAGCCAAUCAAGAAGAAAAAGUAGAAAAGCGAACAAAAUUACAAGUAGAUGAAAUUCUUCAAAAAAUACAUG